AUGUCCUAUCGUCCCAACAUGGGGGAAAUUCGUUCCCCCUCUCACGACACUCUCCGGAGUGGCAUCCCCUCACCACGCAUCGAACACUAUGACGGCGAAGUCCCUCCCGCUCUGUCACCCCUCGAUGCGUUUGCCGCUCAAGGUCGUCUACUCGCAAGACAGUUGGAAGAGUCCGCACGGCGGGAUCGUCGUCUGAGCAGGUUACCACCCUCUAGCGUAGCUCGUUCCUUAUCGCGGCCCCGACCGGGUUACUUUCGAUCGCUCUCUGGGGAUACUUCCACCAACGCUGAGGGCAACCUUGAACGUCGUCCCACGCAGAAGAUCAACACCGAAAUUGAAGAGCAGAAUUUCCGUCCCGUGUCGGAGCAUCCGCGCUUCAGUAGUGUUUCCAAUGCCUACACCGAGGCCAGCGAGUAUGAGGAUGACGAUGUCACUAUUGACGAUGACAGCACUGCGACUCCCAAGCAUGGUUCGACUAUUCUUUCCAGCUUCGAGGUACCGCGGGCAGAAUCGCCUGAGGAGGACCUCUCAUUGCAUGGAAUGCCCGAUCAAGGACCCCGUCGCUUCUAUGCUGCCGCAGCAGCAGCACCGCCGGCAGUGGGCGUCUCGUUGGCGGCCCCGUCUAUGAAUUCAUCCACUGAUUCGGCUUCGUCGCGACUCUUGAUUCCACGCAGCCUGGCCCCGCCCGGUUCUCCCAUGUCUCGUCCAUCCAGCAGCUCCAGGGCCCAGCUAGAAAGCUCUGAUGAUGACUACAGCAGCUCUAAUGGCGGGUCCACCUUCUCUCAGCCGCCGCGGAAGCUGUCGUCCAGCAGCGCUAUGUCCGGACCGCACUCGCCCAUGUCCACCACUGCUGCCCCAGUGCCCCGUGGGAAACCCCGAUCUCCGUCCCAGAGUUCCGAGGCUUCGAAUAACGGUGGCCGCCUCCAGCGUCCUUCGCUCAACUUUUCGCGUCCCAUGAGCCGGUCCAGCACGAAUCUCUCCGCAUCUGCAAUGGCAAGCUCCGAACAGUUGCAUGUCUCGGGCAACCGAGCAUCUAUUGAGCGAGGCCACAAACCAGGCCCGAUUGUCGUUCCGACGUCGACAGAAGCGACUACUCCGUCCACAGAGGAACCCUCAUCAGCCCUGUCAGCCUCAUACACUUAUGCCAAGUACGCCCUCCCUCGGGGUCGUCAAAUGGGCAGAGAUUCCGUCGUCUUUGCCGGUCUUCAGACGCCCAAUUUCGAAUGGAAAGAGCCCUUGUUCGAGAGUCCGACUAGUGAGCAUCCACCAGAGCGAUCCGCACGCACACCGUCUCCACCUCCCUCGAAUCAGGAGGCAGUGCCGGCUCCCAAGGCCCGGUCGAUGUAUGAAGCCUCCAUUUCUGAUCGCCAGCUGUUGACGCCGGAGCCUGUGGCGCCAUCGCGGCGCUCUCCAUCGCCUGACACAGCAGCAGCCAGCAGACUCAGUCCGAAGGCCAACAAGAGCGACGCGGCAUCGUCUACUGGAUCGAGUAACACUCUUCGACCACAGACAGCCCGGUCCAACGACUCCGCUAACCCGGUGUCCGCUCCUGUCACGGCGGACGACCAUCUGGCCGUGGGCAUCCAAUGCCACGAAAAGGGAUCUCUUAACGAGUCCACCUACCACCUUCGCAUUGCGGCCAAAAAGGACCACCCCACGGCCAUGUUCCUUUAUGCGUUGGCCUGCCGUCAUGGCUGGGGUAUGCGUCCCAAUCAACGGGAGGGUGUCCGGUGGCUGCGGAAAGCAGUGGACUCCGUUGGUCUGGAGUUGAUGGGCGACAGCAACACCCCUGUACCAGCGCGAUUCCGGGAAAUGCAGAAGGCUUAUCGUGCACAAUUCGCUCUGGGAAUUUACGAGCUUGGUGUGAGCCAUCUCAAUGGUUGGGGUAUUGAGCAAGAUAAGAUUUUGGCUUUGCGUUGCUUCGAAAUUGCCGGCCAGUGGGGAGACGCUGAUGCGCUGUCUGAGGCUGGUUACUGCUACGCUCAAGGUGUGGGAUGCAAGAAGGAUCUGAAGAAAGCCGCCAAGUACUACCGCCAGGCCGAGGCCAAAGGUGUCAACAUGGUUGGAAAUAGCUGGAUUUACAAAGAUAAAUACAUGUCGGACGACGAACCCAGCGAUCGGUCGCGUGGACGACAGGCUGGGACAUCGGAUAAGAAAUCUCGUGGUCGCAGUAAAUCGCGAACUCGCAGUCUUUUCCACCGGAAAAAGUCGGGUGCAGCUGAAGCAUAG